UACGUCCUGUUAUUAUUUGUCCCUGUAGGACAAAUGUCUGUGUUUCAAUCCAGAUGUUAAGGAAUCACUUCUUAAAAUAGUAUAUAUAUAACAGAAUGAAUGCACCGUCGAUGAUCAAAGCACCAUCUUAUUCAUUACCAUUAUUGUCUUUGUUAUUACUCGGUUACUUGAGAGCACACUGGCUCUAUCCUCCUGGGAUGGAUCAUAUGUCUGCUUUCUUGGCUCCUUCCCCUGGAUACAAAACACACCCUUUGGUUUCGGCAUAAUCAAUGGGGGCUGCUGUUGGAGGAGGUGGCUGGGGCAGUUGGCUUGCCUGUGAUUCGCUGACAUGGGCUCUUAAUUGGAUUAAGGAACUUGCUUAGCUUGAUGCUUUGUGCUGGGAUUGGGAGCAGCCUGCACAAGAGCGCACGGACGCAGUGGCAAGACAGGAAGUGAAGGAGAGAGAGGAGGAGGCCUGCCCCGCUCACCACUUUAGUGAGAGAGGAGGGGUGAAAGAAGAAAAAGGGGAGUAACCCAUCUUCUUUGCCCUAGUGUGCUGCUGCCGCUGCUACUGCAGCCAGCCUCCCUCACUCCCUCCUGCCCUCCCACCUCCUCUCUAUCAUUCUAUCUUUUUUCCCUUACUCAUCUGUUUCUGUGGUUGCUCUGGAGAGGAAGGACACCUGCCGCUCCCUCAUGAUUCAGCCAUUCUGCUGCCUGAAGCUUCACAGACAGACAAGGCAGCAUGUUCCGCCUGCCACUGCAGUGCCUGGCCGUCCUAUCCUAUGCACUUCAACUGCCGCAGCUGCAGACGUCCCAUCACGACAACGCCAUCUCCUCCGUCCAAGUACUCAGCAUAUCUGAAUAUUCCACUUGUAGACACAUCAGUACAUUUCUUUGAGCGCAUGGAACUCCUUUCCGUUGUGCAUGGAAGGCCGUCCACAUAAACCCCAGACUGUUAACAAGGUCAAAAUCAAGAACGUUUCCCCACUCUGCAAUCCUGGCUCACCUAGUGAUGGAUAACAUACUUAAAGUGACUGGCGGCUGACGCUGUCUUAGUUAAUCGUGUUCCGAGACCUGCAUCCAGCAGUUAAGAUGACUGAAGGAGUGGAGGAUUUCUCUGCAGAGCCAGUCCCCCCUUCUGGAUUAGCCUCCCCCUCUGGCUCCACGGUUGAUACUGGACAAGUCCCAGAGGAGAAACCAGAGGAGACAGAGGCAGCUGGAGAGAACGGGGAGGAGGUUGCAGAGGUGACUGCAGAGGGAGGCAGUGAUGAUGAUGAUGGUGAUGGUGGGGAGCAUCCGGGAGCUUCAGGAGUUAUGGCUUUGUCAGCCACCUGCUGUGUGUGCAUAGAGAUGGAACAGAUUAACAAUUGCCUGCACUCUGAGAAAAUCUGCAUUCUGCCCAUCCUGGCCUGCCUGCUUAGUUUAGCUUUGUGCACAGCUGGACUCAAAUGGGUCUUCGCCGAUAAGAUCUUUGAGUAUGAACCCCCCACUCAUUUAGAUCCUAAACGCAUAGGGCAGGACCCUAUUAUCAUAUCAGUGGACCCCACACUGGGACUAACUAUGUCAAUUGCUUAUUCGUCUCCGUCAACUGUCUCCCUGACCACCACUGCCGCCAUAACCUCGGCACAUCCUGAGGUUUUAUUGGAGGACAAGUCUACACGAGGUUCAUACGUGCCUCCACGAGGAACCCAACCUGAACAGUCAGUCACAGUUAAAUCAACUGCUGAAUUUUCCACCAUCCCAAAGCAGACACCUCUCCCUUUUACAACAAAAGAAGUGAACGACAUAUUCAUCCCAACUCUCUCUUCCACCAGCACCACCACUACAGCCAAGACUUCCAGUCAUGUGACACGCUGUAGUGAUAGCCAGAAGAACUACUGUGUAAAUGGAGGGGAGUGCUUUACCCUUGAAAUCAUGCCUGGCAGCACAAAGUUUUUGUGCAGGUGCUUGACCGGAUUCACUGGGCACCGAUGUGAACAAGCUGUGCUUAAGAAAGUCUCAAACCCAAAACAAGCUGAGGAGCUGUAUCAGAAACGUAUUUUAACAAUAACAGGAAUCUGCAUUGCACUCCUAGUCGUUGGCAUCAUGUGUGUGGUUGCCUACUGCAAAACAAAGAAGCAGAGGAAGAAGCUCCAUGACCGUCUCAGGCAGAACCUGAGAACUAAGAGGAACAAGCUGGGAAAAUCAGCCAGCCGACGGCAGGUUUCCAAUUUGCCGCUACAGGAUUUGCAGCAGACCAACUGUAAUGGGGCAGCAAUCCAACAUGCAGCUGAGAAAGAGACAGAGACAACAUUCUCCACAAGCAAAUAUGCUUUAUCAACUCAACAAGCUACCACACUCACCAACACCUCCAGCCAAAGGCAUCCAUCAACUGAAAAAACCCUGCCUCAUCUGUCUUCAGUCUCCUGCAGCACUCCUGGAACUCCGAACUCUCCUCCCUCAGAGAUGUCUGCCACUCUUUCCAGCCAAGCCAUCUCUAUCCCCUCUGUGGCUUUAAGCCCCUCUGCUGAAGAGAAGCGCCCCCUGCUGCUGUCAAAGGCACAUCAGCCAUCUAAGUCCUUUAGCCGAGAUGAACUACAGAGGACCUCUGCACACUACAAUCAUGGCCAAGAAGCACAUAGCUUACCACCUAGCCCGCUCUGUGCCAUGGAGAAUAACUACCAAGUCACAGUCACUAUUGCAGCUAGCCAUAUGAUCUCAUCAUCUACAGAGAAGCUAGUUAAUGCAAACAACACUAUUAAUAACCAUAGCAUCAGAAAAGCAACGGUUAUGAAUGGUCAUGUGCUGCAUAAUAAAGAGUUCAAUAUUGACAGCAUGUUGGCCAGUGAACCAGAGGACCCAAAGGGGGAUCACACACCAUUCAUUUCGAUAGAGAACGCUAAAGCCCUGCUUUUAAGGGCUAAAGAUAGCAGUAGGACUACUGCAACAUCACGAAAUGGUGACCUGCAACUCAUGUCAUCCACCUAACAAGACCCAAGAACUGUGUAAAGAAGGGCAGAAAGUUGCUUGUUUAGAAAAAAUUACACUCACUACUUAACCUUUAUUUUCUACUAAACUAUUCGCAGCAAAAAUACUUUUAAUGAUAAAUGAAAAGCAAGACUUUUAUUUUAAUGUUGUAGUGAAUAGAGAGUUUUAUAAAUUUAAAAUAAUGUACAAAAUUGAUGAUGUCCUGUAGAUGAAGUGCCAUACACGAGUAUGUAGUAGUGUGUGAAAAUAUACUUGUAUAUAGUAGCGUGUAAAAAUAUCAAUCGUGCCUUUUUGUUAGGUAUGCUUAAGGGAACUGCAAAUAUAACAGGGCCAUAUAUUCACCAUCCUAAUUUUCUAAUCAAGAAUAACAUGCAAACUGCCUUCAACGUCUCAUAGUUUGAAGUGAAGAAGCUCAAAUAUUUCAUUUUGGUAACAAAUUUUAAAAUGCAUGCUACAUGCUGUCCGAGAACAACUGACUGCGUGAUUUUGUGUCAUAAAGACAUUGGAUCUGUCCAGUCAAAUCAUCAGUGUUGUUGUUCAUUGUGUCCUGAAUGCAAUAUAAAACCGCGACAGAGACUGGAUUGAUUUGGAUGAUUUCAUGUCUAUUUUAACGCAAUGUUUGUGAUCAGAAUAUGUAGAGAUGUUCAUACUUGUCAGUGGAUUACAUUACAGGUAACACAUGCAAGCAAAAUGCAGAUGUGAUCAUUGAGUUCUAAGAAACACUAAACACUAAGAAACACGAUCAAUAGUCUCGUCUUUGUCAAGUUUCCUUCAACCUUAAUGUCAGUUCAUCAAUGAAUCAGUAAUGCACGAGUGUGAAAUUUUAAAGGAUGACAUCGGGUUUCCGAUUCAAAUAUCCAAUACGAUUUCCCGGGUUUGGUGAUGAUGUCAUCGAAGGCAAAUAUUGAGUUUGUAUGAAACAUGAAUAAAUACAAGGCUCUUGAUUUAAUUUGUAAAGACAUCAAUGUGACUUGAGCAAUGCUUUUUUAGAAUAAAAAAAAAUAUGCACCAUA